UUAUUUACGAAUUUCAUGUGAACAUUAUCGAUUGAUGGAUGUUGACACUCGCCCAUUGUUAGUAUGCGAUGAUAAAACGUUUGAAGUGUUGAAGUUAUAUUGAUGUUUUCCAUACAUUUAUGCACACCGAAGCGUUAAGGAUUUAUACUUUAUUUGUGAAAAUUUAAUUUUGCAUUUAUAAGUGAGCGGACGUGGAUAAUAUACCAACGAAGUCACAGAUCAGCACGAUGUUCACUUAGCGACAUGAAGCCCAGUGAUUACAAAUACGUCUUCAAAUGCGUCAUCAUCGGCGAUUGUCACGUGGGCAAGACGACGCUGCUACGGCGCAUGCUCGGGGAGCCCUUCCUGCCCAAGCCAACGCCGAUGCGAAACAGUCCGAUCUCGCUGCGGCAUCUGCAAUGCGUCGACAAGAUUUUCACGACGUUAGAAGGAGACCGAGUGAAGUUGCAAGUCUAUGAUACAAUGGGUUUAGAGCGCCACCGCAGUCUAACGUUGUCCUACUAUAGGGAUGCCCACUGUUGCCUCAUCUGUUAUAACGUCCACAAUACAGAAUCGUUCGACAAUCUCAAAACAUGGCUAGCAGACGUUCACAAAUACCUUGGCGGAAACACAAAUUUGGUCAAGAUGUUGGUAGGAAUAAACAGCCGGGCGCCGGCUUUGUUGGUGAACGGGACCAUACACGGCAUAGAUGCGGAAUUCGUGGAUGUCGAACCAAUCACAAAAAGGCCUACGGAGUUCGCGCAAGAGCACGAUGCUCUCACGUGCGAAGUUCAACUCUUCGAUGAAACAGACGUGAAAACGUGUUUUCAAACGGCCGUAGAUUCGCUCGUGAAACGUUUUCAGGAUGACUAUGCACGAAGCACUGCGCUGGAUAACGGCUCCGUACAUCUUACUGCCGACAGCUCCCAAAGGAGCUCAUGUUGCUAGAAAUAAAUUGCUGGUUGAAUUUGCUUUUAAAGCAAUUUAAAUCUCAAAUGCUUUGCAUUGACUGUUCAAAUACGGUAAACGAAGCUUUAAAUAUUGUUUCAUGAUUGAUGUCUGUGUUGUAUGUACAUAUAAUAUUUUGUAUUUUUAGGCAACUGGCCACUUGCCUUGUUUUUCUAUACCGUGAUUUACGAUGAACUAUGUGGAUAUUGAUUUUGUUUAUUAAAACCGCCCUUUUGUCUGGGUUAUUAACUAUUGGGUGUUAUGAAAAAGGAUUGAUAUUGUAGCACUUUUUUAACGAAGGAUAUUUGCACUUUGUUGUAAAUUGUAAACAAAACAAUGUGUGUUUCAGACAGAAAAGUUACAUGAGUCCAAUAUGCAUAUAAAGUGUUGCCUUCAGUA